AUGGAACGCCAAGACUGCGAUAAAUCGAAAUUAGAUUUGGGUAAUGGGAAUCAAGAAAACUCCAUGAAGGUUUUCCUAAGUUCUAACAUCGGGGAAGCUGUCAACCCUGUGCCGGCUACUCCACAUCAAAUCAGGAUUCAUAGGUUGUUUGGUGGCAGACUUUGGUUUCUGUGCACCUUCUGCAAAGGAUGGAGCAGCGGUUCUAUCAAUGUUCCCGAGACAAUCUGCACAGAUCAAGCUCCUUUAAGGCGACGGAUUGCGGAACAAAACAUGGUAUCGGUACUUUCAGUAGACCUCUCUUUUUUUCUAAAUUGA